AUGGCUUCCUAUUAUAAUGUUUAUAGUCCCGUAAAAGAAAUACACUCUGAUACAGUGAUUGAAGACUCUGAACAAUUUAUUCAAGGAUUUAGAAACCACAUUUCUGGAUUUAUAUACUUUCUAUAUUUUAGCCAAUUCUUACAUCAUCAUAUGCCAUUUAUAAGAGAUCAUAUUAAAGCAAUACUUAAAAAUUGGGAUUACUUGUUUGAAAUAUUAGAUUCAAUAAUUAAGAAGAGAAGGAAAGAAAUUGAAGAAAUACCAGUAGGAACUGAAUUAAGGAAUGAUAUGUUGACAUCUUUAAUUGUUACUCAUACAGAAAGAGAUAUAGUUAAAAUUUCUAGAGAUAAUAUCUUUAGACCGAUGAUAGAUGUUGAAAUAAGAGCUAAUUUACUUGAUUCUUUCCAAGGUGGUAUUGAUACUACAGCAAAUACAUUCAGUUUUAUAGUCUACUAUAUCUGUCAAUAUCCUCAAGUUGAACAAAAAAUGAUUGAUGAAAUUAACUCAAUAUUCCCUCCAAAUUCUUUCGAUCUGAAAUAUGAUGAUCUCUUAAAAUUGAAAUAUUCUGGAUGUUGGUUUGAAGUUAAAACAGUGAUCCAUAUAAAUACUAAUGGUAUUCAUACACAUAAAGAUCAUUGGCUCAAUCCUGAAAUUUUUGAUCCAGAUCGAUUUUAUAACAAAAAUAUGAAUAAUAAAGUUAGGAAUAAAUUUUCAUUAUUAACAUUUGGUGGUGGUUUACGUAUCUGCCCUGAAAGAAGAUUAGCAAUGAUCGAAUUACUUUCAUUAAUGGUAAUAUUAUUUGGAAAAUAUGAUAUUGAGUUAGUUGAUACGAACACUUCGUUAAAGGUGAAAAGCACUGCAACAACUACUUGUGGAGAGUUGCCAAUUAAAAUUAAGCCUAAAAAAUAUUGUAGUCUAUUGUAA